CAUCUUAAUUUGAAAAUGAGAGCGGAAGUCAGGUGGUGGUUAUGCAUUUGAAGUAACGUUAGCCUAUAGCUAUCGCCAGAGAAAUCUUACAGUUAAUAUAAGAAUAAAAUAACAGUGAUAAUGCAGAAUCGCUGUGCUGUGUUAGGGUGCAGUACUGGAAAAUGGGAUCCUCAGCCACUCUUCAGGUUUCCCCGCGACGCAGAAAGGUGCAAGAAGUGGGCUGGGAUAUGCGAAAGAAAAUAUCUCACAGAAAUGUCACCAGACCAGCUGCACAGAUACUACAGAGUUUGUGGAAAGCAUUUCGACACGUCUCUGAUUGAUGAAGGUAAAAUGUUGAGGGAUGAUGCCACCCCAAGUGUUUUGGAUACACCAAGCCAAUCUCAAAAUGCUCAGGUCAAGCGCAACACGGAGACCAGAGAAGAUGAAACGGAAAAUGAGGGGAGGAAAAAAAUCAAGAUGUCUAAAGCAGACACAGCCCAGGAAGAUGUUCAGCCUUUUUCCGAGGAAGAUGAAACCAAAGAGUAUUUCAAGUCACUGUUUGAAGUUCUUGUACUGUUAGCAGAGCAAAACAUUUCUCCUACUGGACCUGGUGAAAUGAAACAGGAUGAUCUUGGGCCAAGUAAUCUUCAGGCACUGUUAGAAUAUUGCAUGAAUUGUGGAGAUGACGUUUUAAAGAAGAAGUAUGAGGAGAAAAAGGAGUACUUUUCCUCAGGUGAACUGACUCAGUUGAUUGAGGUUUGUGAAAAGUAUGUCCGCAGUAAACUAGUAGAGGAAGUAAAACAAAAUGGCUUUUUUUCACUAAUCACCCAGGAGCUGGUAAAAAUCUCAGGAACAUUUUAUCUUCCUGUGUUUGUCCGUUUUAUGGACCAGUCUAACUGCCAGCAAGAGAGGUUUUUUGGAUUUCUGAAUUUUGAAGGUGACGGUGAAGUGCUGGCAGAGAAACUUUUGUCUGAAUUGACCGACCAAUGGGGUCUAAACAUGGAACAGUGCAGAGGUCAAGCUCAUUCCUACACUGGAGCACACUUUAGUAAAAUAAAAAAAUUUUCUGCCAAAGUAAUGGAAAAGUAUCCGAUGACAGUACUAACACUGGGAUCUACCCACACACUGAACACUUCACUUGCUGAUGGUAUGGCUUUGUCGGGUGUUCAGCUUGUCAUGUCAACUUUGAGAAAGAUCGAGUCGUUCUUCAGUCAGUCGCAGCAGCUGCAAUUGGAGUUGGAACACGCCAUUUCAGUUCUCUACCCAGACAAAGAAGAAAGAGCAAAUGAACUGAAGGAGAGUUCUCGUACAAGCUGGACGAGACAAGACAAUGCUUUUGAUGUCGCUUUGGACCUGCUAGAGGCUCUCCUGCUCUGUGUGGACAGCGUGCAUGACAAUGAAGACAUGAGGUGGAGCGAUAAAGUUACACAUGAUGCCUUAGAGAUAUCAAAAGCAUUAACUGAUUUUGAGUUCAUCAUGGCUUUGGUCAUACUCAAAAACACAAUGAUUCUCACUCAGGCAUUUGCAAAGAAUAUGCAAGGGAAAGAAUCAGAUGUCCAUUUUGCAUCAACCAGUUUAAAAGCCGUUCUGCACUCUCUGAAGGAGGUAUCGGACAACAUUGACGUAUAUCAUGAGUUCUGGAAUGAUGAAGCUGUUAAUUUGGCUGUUGGCAUGGAGAUCCCUGUAACGCUUCCUCAGGCUUACUUGAGAAAGCGAGCAUCAGAAUCACAAACCAAUAAACCUGAUAGUUACUACAAGAACCAUUUAACUGUCCCUGUGGUGAACCACAUCAUCAAAGAAAUCAAUGAUCUUUUUAGUGAAGACCACCUGAAGUUCCUGCGGUGCCUGUCGCUGGUUCCUGCAGUCAUAGAGCAGCAAAAGUCUAGUAAACCUGAGGAGGAGAGUGUGCAGAUUUUUAAAAAUGACAUUCCCAAUGCAGAAACCCUCUCUGCUGAACUCCACUGUUGGUGGGUUAAAUGGAGCAAAAAAGGAAAAGGUGAGACUUUUCCAUCCAGUCUCCAUGAAACAUUGCAGCUGGCAGACGUGAAGUUCUUCCCAAACAUGCUUGCACUCCUGAGACUGAUUGGAAUAGUGCCGACUCUAGCCCUGGAAGACAGCUGCAAUGUUGCAGUCAUGCGCUUCAGAAUGUAUAUGAAAAACACUCCUGAUCAAUGCAAAUCAAAAAGUCUUGCUCUCUUGAACGUAAACCAUGACGUUGCAUAUGAUUUGGACACAAUGGUUGAGGUCUAUAUGAACACGUACUCUAGAGGGGAGGAGGGAGAUGGAGAGUCAGGUCAGGUUGAAUGUAACACUUCUGAAUAGACAGCUGAGUUGGGAAGUCUUGGUUAUCCUUUGUACAAAAUGUCUUUUUUAAAUGUUUUUAAAUUUUGUUUUGAUAAAUGUCAUCUGUAUAUGUUGUUAAAUACCGUUUUCAUUUUUUGCCUUCAGGAUUGUCAAAAAAGUUUCAAAUUUGAUGUGUGUUUUAUAUCAAAUGUAAAGAUAAACGUGUGAAUAUACAGUAUAAGUAUUGUUUUUGUUUAGUAAAACUGUGUUUAAUGACAUCAUUCUACAUCUGGUCCAAAAACAGAAAGUUUAAAUUCAGAACCAGAAACAGCAGGAAGUGUCUGAGCCACUGAAAUGAAUUUGUUGACUGUCCAUGUUGUUUUGAGAUGCAGAUUUAUUAAAGAAGCACAACAUUGUUGUUUUUUUACUCAAAUAAAAUUAAUUGUUUUUUCACCUCA